AUGUCGGACUCGAUAGAACAGCGCUGCAAAGACUCGCCGCGCAUGGCAAGGGCAUGGGCGAUGGCCUCCUUCAGGAUGGAGAGGUUCAUUAACAAGCACAGCUUCGAACCCGCUCAGUCCACGCCAGGCAAGAGAGACCAAACUCUAACCAUCGAACACAUGGGUGGAAAAGUCGAAACCAUCGAGAAACUGCAUUCGAUCCUUCUCCCUUCGAUCAAUGACCAGCUCACCUCGCUUUUAAACUCACUCGACGUAAUCCAUCCCCAGAAGAAUCCAGAAUCAGAAAUCGGUCCAACUGCGCAAAUCAUAUCAAGUCUUGACAAGACCUUAGAGAGCAUCGUAUCUUCCAUCGUCUCACUCACUCUCGAAUCAUUGCCGGACGAAAAUCACGAUUAUGGCUUGGAGAAAUUGAAAGCCUUUCGAUGCUCUUAUAUACGCGCAAACGUCAUGUAUUUGGUAGGAGACAUUAUCUAUGGCCGAUUAUUCCCGGACCUUUCCACCCUUAUCGGCCGCUGCUCGAUCGCAAUUUAUCUUACCGAGGAUUCCGAGGAUUGGGAGGAGAUUUCCCGUUUAAGAGGACUAAUCGCGAUGAGCACAGCUAGUUCCCACCGUAUGAUCAAUGCGACAAUCAGAUGGUGUCAGUUAUCCGACUGGGCUUUGGUCCAAGAAGGCUGGCUUGUCGCGUCCAAUUCGCUUGAUGGCAUCCUAGACACGAUAUUGAAUAGCCGAACCAACUUUAUUGAAUACACCUCCGAAUUGUCUCGGAACGGUUUUGAUGUGAACCUCAACGAGCGAAGCGCCCUACUACUAGAAUUUGUAACUGAAGUCGCCAAGUCAGCCAUACCGAUCAUCAAACUGGGAAGAAUCUUGACCAAGAGAACCUCGGAAACGAUCUGGAAGAAACGACUAUUGGGAUCGGGAGGCACGGACCUGAACUCGGAGACAAUGGAGCGGUUGUAUGAAACUCCCCACUCGAUUUAUAACUCUCUAGUGGGCCUCUCCAACCACUUGUUCUCGCUCAGCAGCUCACCUAUAUUGACCGCUCGUCAGCAAAAUGAAAUUCGAGAUUCAGUAGUCGUCUUCCCGAAAGUCAUGGAAUCCACUCUAAGCGCUCUUGAUGCCUGUCUGUUUCCGAUUCUGCCCCGACUUGAUGAUGAACCACCAGAAGGUCGCUUGAAGUCUCUCUGUCCAACCCUCAAGCAAUCCUGGGAUCUGGCUAGUGAUAAUUUGAUAUCUGUUAUUUCAUCCUUUCAAGUUGAACGCAUAGGCAUUUGA